GGUACACGAGUCCUAGUCAGCCAGUCACGGGUCUGCACGACUUCCCUUCCGCGUCUCUUCAUCGGACAUGCGGAGUCCCUCAGCCGCUGAGAACAUCCACCCAAACACAGGAGAAACCACAAUAGCUCACUGGCCAGCUGCGCCCGGAUCGGUCCACGGAACAAAGGUCGCAGACGCCCUUCCUCUCAUCCAGUGCAACCGCCCGCUUCCCCCACCACCCCGCACUUUCGACAGGUGUCCGGGUCUGUCCGGGAAUCUAGCCAUGUCAAAACUAAACUGGUCAGCUGGUGCACACUCUGCCUUUGCCCAUCGUCGGGCGAGGAACGGAGCGAUGGACCAUCGGCUCUUUGUUCCGCGUUACGUUGACGUGGACGACAGCGCCAUGCAAAGGGGUGGUCACGGUGCGCGUUUGGUAAUACCCUGUCAGCUCAUCAGCUGUUCAGCCACUCUAGUCGCCUUGUGCCGCUGGCUGCACCAUGUCUUCUGACCAAUAACCAUCCGGCCCUUCGGCGGUCAGAUUGGGCGCCAUGCCACGGAGCGUUUGAUAUAAAGCCUGGAAUGGAGCUGCUAUGGACUCUCUGUCCACCUGCCUAUCUGUCCUGUCCACGAAUUACAUCCUUCCUCACUGUCCACGGUAUCUCUCAUAAGCCUUUCCAGACAUCAUCGACGACAGUAUCUCUAUCACCAGAAUCCGAUCUCGGCAUUCAUCACUCCUGAGCGUUGCUAGCCACAUCACUCGAACCUCUCCACCGUCAUCAAUUCUAUGGCACCACUCGCGUUCGCGAAGCUGUUCUCCUCGCGGAGUUCAAGACGUUCUAACGGCUCUGACCGUCGUGGGUCCCUCGACUCGUUCGAGUCCGGAGAAUCCUACGUCAUAUCUCUGCCUCAGAUGCACUCGCCGCCCACACUGCCCCUGAACGCCUCAUCAUCUCAGCCCGUUGCCGAGAUGCUCGAAGACGACAACUUUGCGUGGGGGCGUCCCUCGAGGAAGCAACGUCGCUCAUAGUCGGAGCGGACGCGCUCCAGGUCGACUUCGCGCGCUCCCGUCCUCCCGUGUCUUCUUUCCUUCUACUCGUCUCUCUCGCGCUAUCUCUAGGCAGCUGCUACACAUUCAGGCAAGCCGAUAUUGUAUGAUCAUUUUGAAUGAACUCCACGAACUGUACUAUACCCCUUUCCAUUCAUGUACAACUACGUAACACAACGUGUUUUAACGACCACUUUUACCUCCGCCUGUGGCAUUGACUAUUCAUCACCUCGCAACCAACCUACACCAGC